CUGAAAGAGGGAGAAGGGGAAAAAUAUGCACAGCUCUUCAGAGGUCUUGGGAACAGCAACUGGGAAAUACCACCUAAAUAGGGGAGGAAUUACACAAGGAAGAAGGAAGGAGAAAAGGUACUUCAUAGACUCCGAUAGUCUUUUCUUGAAUAGCUUACUUCUUUUCCAACAAAGUUUACUUCUCAGGAGACAAAGAUGAAAGUCGAUGAAAUCAUACAGUUUCAGAAAUUCUUGUUGAACAUUUUCAAUGCAUUCUUUGUGAUUUUGGGAGUCAGUAUCUUCGGUUGUGCUGCCUGGAUCUUAUUUGACAAAAACAGCUUAAUUGCAGUCAUCAGUUCCGAGGGCGAUGUGGAGCUGGUUGCUGUGAGCCUCGCGCUCAUUGGGCUUGUUGUGGUUGUGGUGUCGGUUAUUGGCUGUGCUGGGGGGCAGCUUGAGAGUAAAUGUCUGCUUUUGAUUUACAUGGGAUUUAUCAUCCUCAUUACCUUUGGUCAGAUUUUUGUGACUUUUGUCCUUUUGUUGCGGAGAGCUAAAAUUGAGGAGUUUCUUGUCAACACAGUUAAUGAGGAAAUAAAGCUGUAUGGGAACACAACUGAAAACCAUGCUUCAUGGACAUUGCUGGACAGGAUACAACAUUCAGCGAAAUGUUGCGGCAGACACAACAUGACUGACUGGGACCAAAAUACAUUCAUUCAGUCCCUUGGUAAAGACAACGUCUACCCCUGUUCAUGCUUCAACACUACCUGUCCCAACCUAUCUGUAGGUGGACGAUUUGGGGAGGGCACCACAGAUAUUUACAAAGAGGGAUGCCAGAAAAGGCUUACUAGCUGGCUGGAAGAUAAUAUAGCUGUGAUCAUUGGCAUGAAUGUUGGACUGAUUGUUGUUCAGGUUAUCCAGGUUGCCUUUGCAGUGUGCAUAUACCAAAACAUUGGUCGUAAAAUGAGGCAGAAGAAUCCCAAAAAUCUGAUUGGCUCCAUGGAGGUGGACCCCCAGAUGGAGGGCGUGCACCAGAAUCCAGAUUAUUAUGACCAACCUUACCAUCAGCAAGACUCCGAGCAGCAACAGUACCAGCAGCAACAGUACCUACAGCAAGACCACCAGCAGCAACAGUACCCACAGCAAGACCACCAGCAGCAAGACUACCAGCAGCAACAGUACCAAGACCACCAGCAGCAACAGUACCUACAGCAAGACCACCAGCAGCAACAGUACCUACAGCAAGACCACCAGCAGCAACAGUACCCACAGCAAGACCACCAGCUGCAAGACUACCAGCAGCAACAGUACCAUCAGCAACAGUACUAACAGCAAGACCACCAGCAGCAACAGUACCAGCAGCAAGACCACCAUCAGCAAGACUACCAGCAGCAACAGUACUGUACCAGCAGCAAGACUAUCAGCAGUACAAUCAGCAUGUUUACGAUGACCUUCAGUAAUCUCAGCCAGAUUCCUCUCAGCAAGAUUACGCGCAACAAUAUUAUGAUCUUCAAUGAACACUGUUUCAACUUUUUAGAUUUCUUUAUCUCUCUCUCUCACACACACACAGCAAGAGACAGAGACAGUGAAUUAUCCCAAUAUUGUCCUUAAUAAUAAAUCAAUAUAUAGAUACUGUA